CUCAAAAAAGAAGCAUCGCCCGGUCCAGAUCAAAGAAAGAGAGAGGGCUCCAUUCAUGGCGGUUAUCGUAGUCCUCCGCCGCGAGCGUCUCCGAGUCAGCACGGAGGGGGAGGGGGCGUGUAAAGGAUAAAGGCGAUAGAAUCCGACACGGGGCUUUAGAUGCUCUCCUACCUUUUGCUCCCUGUCCCUUUUCGCCCUCUCCGUGAUAUCUCGUCCAUCCAUUCGCUGCGCCCCUUCUACACCAGAAGACCGCAUCUAGCUUCCAUCUCACGCUACUGCUCACUUCUAGUCCCUUAGUUUCACCCGAUGACUAUUUAAGCCUCUCCAUUUUGUUUAGAUUAUUCUUCCUUUUUUAUCUAAAGAAAUUUUGGGGCGGUGGUGGGGAUGUCGCCUGGGGGCGCCGGCGGAGGCGGACGAACGAUGACGUGGCAUGAGGAGAUUGCGAGCCUGGUGGACGACACCGGGACCCAGUACCCCGCCGGCGUGGAAGCGCCGGCGCCGGCGGCGGCGCCUGCGGAGGGGGAGGCGGGGGAUCCGAGAGGAAGGAUAUUCGGGGAAGGGUACUACGGGUACGAGGAUGGGGUGGCACCGGUGGAGGAGAGCUUAAAGGAUCAGGUGAAGGGUUUCUUGGUGGCGACGGCGGAGAUGCUUCAAGAGUUGGGGCGAGGGUGCCGGGAUAUAGUGCAGCAGAGCCUGGAGGGGGCGGAGGACACCUACGUCGUCAAGAAGCUCCGGGGGCCGCUGGCCGUAGUGUCGAGCCGGCUCAGUUUCUUGAACGACUACCUGCCGGAGGAUCGCGAUCCAAUGCAUGCUUGGCCGGUCGUCAUCUGCGUGUUCCUUCUGGCGCUUAUAGCAUUGAACGUAAAUAGUGGAAAUGAAACUUCAGUUCAACAACCAAGGCAACUGUAUAUAGGCCCCCCAAAUGCAAGUCGAAUCCAACUUCCUGAUGGAAGGCAUACGGCAUAUCAGGAACAAGGAGUUCAAGCUGAAAGAGCUAGAUUUUCUUUGAUAGCUCCUCAUUCCUUUCUUUCAUCUCGACUGGCAGGACUCCCUGGCCUUAAAGCAUCACUCCUGGAUGAGUUUGGAGUUCGGUUUAUUGCAUAUGACCUCCCAGGUUUUGGUGAAAGUGAUCCUCACCCAAGCAGAAAUCUUAAUUCAUCAGCUCUGGAUAUGCUUCAUUUAGCAAAUGCUCUGGGAGUUACAGACAAGUUCUGGGUGAUGGGCUACUCGGCUGGAAGCAUACACGCAUGGGCAGCUGUUCGCUAUAUUCCUGACAGACUCGCAGGGGUAGCUAUGUUUGCUCCAAUGGUUAAUCCAUAUGACUCCAGCAUGACCAAGGAAGAGCAAGGUAAAACCUGGGAAAAAUGGACAACAAAAAGGAAACUGAUGUAUGUUUUAGCUCGAAGAUUUCCUUCUCUUCUUCCACAUUUUUAUCGCAGAAGCUUUCUAUCUGGAAAACAAGGGAAGCUUGAAAAGUGGUUAUCGUUGUCAUUGGGGAAGAAGGAUAAAUCUUUAUUGGAAGAACCAAAUUUUAAUGAAUUCUGGGAGAAGGACGUGGCAGAAUCAGUUCGUCAGGGGGACUCUAAGCCAUUUGUGGAGGAAGCUGUGCUGCAAGUGUCAGACUGGGGUUUCAACCUGGCUGAUCUUCAGGUGCAGAAGCAGCAUCGUGGUAAAGGCCUUCUUCAAUGGCUCAAGUCCAUGUACAGUCCAGCUGAGCGUCAGUGGACAGGCUUUCUUGGUCCGAUACACAUUUGGCAGGAAUCAUAUUUUUCUCCCCAAGAAGUUCGCUUUCUUUUCUAUCCUCAAACAUGGGGUUGCAGUUGACAACUAAUAGAUAAUUUGAGCUCAUGGGUAUGGAUGAUCGGGUAAUGCCACCAUCGAUGACUGAAUUUGUACGACGAGUAGUUCCAGGAGCCACUGUGCAUAGACUGCUAGGUGAAGGCCAUUUCUCAUAUUUCUGUUUCUGUGAUGAGUGCCAUAGACACAUAUUUUCUACCCUAUUUGGCAUUCCUCAAGGUCCUCUCAGCAGCUCUAUGGAGGAGGAUCGGCCGCCACCUGAAGAAAUCUGUAAAGAAACAGCAUUGCAUAACUGUACUGAACAAGAAUGAAAGAAAAUCUUUCUUCUUGAUAGUUAAAUUCAAACUUUUGGGUGGGAAAUUUGUAGAUACAUAGUAUAUUUCUUUUCAAUCUAAUUUUUAGAGCAAAAUAGCCCUAUAUUUCUCAUUAGCGAUUGAAAUGAGAUAUGGUGGGGGUUGGAUGGUGCCUGGGGUUAGAAUUUUUCCAAUCUUUGUUAUGUAAUAUGACCUUAGAAAAUUUUGUAAUCACUGAGUUGCCAUGUCAAGAUAUGGAAAAGCUAUCAAGGGGUUUUAUUUU